AUGGUGGCUUACGACGGAGCAGGAAACCUCAGGGAACACAUCCUGAACUAUAAAAUGUUCAUGGAGCUCCAGACUCUCUUAGACACUCUGAUGUGUAAAUUCUUCCCCAUGACCCCUACAGGAUCAGCUAAGGCAUGGUUCAAUAGCCUAGAAGCAGGGAGCAUUAACAACUUUGGGGACCUAGCCAAUGUAUUCAUCAGUCGGUUCAUCGCAGGGGUCCCAGCUGAGAAGAAGACUAGCUACCUAGAGACGGUCCAACAAAGGAGGAAUGAAUUCCUGAGGGAGUACGUGGCCCGUUUCAACUCGGAGGCCUUACAGAUCCUCGAGCUGGAUGAGGCUCGAGUAGUGGAGGCCAUUCAAAAGGGGACUACAUCCCCUGAGUUUUUUGGGUCCCUAUGUAGAAAGCCACCAUCCACCUUGGCGGAGCUGAUGAAGGGAGUAUAG